UUUGAUACGACAACAAUGGCAAUGUUUUUACUGCAACCUGCGAUUUGCAAUAGUGUAUGAUUGGUUUUACUCAUUCGAUCUAAAAUUUCAUUAUAACUUUUUAAACAUAAAUUCUGGUAAUUAAUAAUUGUUAUCUUAAAAGUAUAUACAAUGUGAAACUAUGCAAAUAUUUUAUAAUUAAUUGUGCAGAUCUCUGGAAUUGUCUUGUAAUUAAAUGAGAAAAUUAGCAGGUAUACUUGGCGUGAAUGUACGAUACUAAAUCCAAGUGAUGACCAUCAAAACCAAAAAGAAGUUCCUAUUUAACUUGUCGCGUUUAUUCAAUUUUCCUGAAGUAUUCGGAUUGGAAAUGUAAAGGUACAGAGGGCAUAUGUUGCAUUAGUGUUAUUUCUCCGUCAUUCACACACAGUGUUUGGAGUCAACAAAUGAAAGAAUUUCAAACGAAAUAUGCGCAUAUACACAUCCAUACAGCUACGUUCGAUUGGGUAAUCAACGCAAGGGGGCAUAUGAGAAUAAACACAGCUGUAUUUAACGUUAACUAAAGUGAGACAAAAGUCGGCGUGCGAACUGCAAAUCUACUAUAAAACACAUUUAAUAUUUCAAGCAACGAAUACUCAUUAAAACUAAAAAAAGCAUGCAACAGCGCCCAGUGGAUGACUUGGAAAUUUUUAUACUCAACAAAUUGGAAAUUAAAGCAAACUGAACUGUCUUAUAACUGUAUUUGAAUAUAUUAAAAGUUAAGUUUAUGAUAUGCGCUGUUGAACGGUGUCUACAUUCAUAUAACGCACUAUACGAAUUGAUUUAACUCUCCGAAAACUACUAAAAUAAAUUGCAGUAGCGAUUGUAUGUGAGUUUUCUGUCAAUGUGAAUAAAACGAUUUGCGUAUAAGCCUAAGCCUUACGUGUAAGACACAAAUGUCUAAUGGUUAACGGUGGCAAACGUGCAGAUCUUAUACCACUACUCUUACCGACGCGCACUCGUAAAAUCACAACGAAAAUGUUCAAAUUACGUGAACGGAACUGUAUACUAGCGAUCGCCGUGCUGGUGCUAACUCCUUGUCUUAUCAUCCUAUUUAUAAUGGGUCCAGAACUAUCCACCGAACAGUCAUUGUCACAACAAUUGGCCGAAUGUCGCUUCCGUCUGCAAUAUCUUGAGUCGAUGUAUCGUUCGCGUCAGGAAGAUGUAGCUAUACUCUCACAAUAUUUACAUCUUAGUAAUGCUACCAAAAUGACUCUGGCGUCUGUAGCGCCAUUGCCGCCGAUAAAUGACUUGAACACGAGCACAUCGGCAAUGCCAUCGGCGUCAGGUUUACCUACGCUACUGAAAUCGUUGAGCCCAGAAGCAAGGCAAUUAAUUAAAAACGCCACCCACUCGCACACAACGCAGCGCUUCAGUUCCUCCGCUGUCAUACGUCUGCCUACGGCUUACAACUUUCUACCACAUUUGCUAGAUGAUGCGGCAUCGCUGCGUCCGGCAUAUAUACGUUCAAAGGGUCGCACAGAUGUUAGCAUUGUUCUGGGCAUACCGACGGUGCGGCGUGAGAAGCAGUCUUAUCUGGUAAGCACGUUGCAGAACCUCAUUGAAAACAUGAAUGAAGAGGAGCAAAAUGAAACUUUGAUUAUUGUAUUUAUUGGCGAAUCGGAAGAGGAAGCGGUGCACGCAAUCGCCAAACAAGUCGAGUUGAACUUCGAACCAUAUGUGGAGUGUGGUCUCAUCGAUAUUAUAGCGCCAUCUCCGUCGUAUUACCCAAAUUUCGAUACUUUACGUAUAACAUUGCAGGACUCCUUGGAGCGCGUGAAAUGGCGUAGUAAGCAAAAUUUAGACUUUGCAUACUUGAUGUCGUAUGCACAAUCCAAAGGCACAUUCUAUGUCCAAUUGGAAGACGACAUAUUGGCAAAAUCACAUUUUAUUACGACCAUGAAAAAGUUUGCUAUAACAAAGAGCGCACUAACGAAACCCGAUCAGCCUUCAUGGUUUCUGUUGGACUUCUGCCAGUUGGGCUUUAUUGGUAAAAUGUUCAAAUCGGCCGAAUUGCCAUACCUGAUUACAUAUUUCCAAAUGUUCUACAAUGACAAGCCGGUCGAUUGGUUGCUACACUAUUUCGUCGAGUCGAAAGUCUGCCGCUCCGAUAAAGAUCAAAAGCACUGCAAUUCGGAACGUGCCAAAUAUUGGUUGCACUAUCGCCCAUCGCUUUUCCAACACAUCGGCACCAGCUCCUCGCUGAAGGGCAAGGUACAAAAAUUGAAGGAUAAACAGUUCGGCUCCAAGGUGCCCGCAUUCCAUCCGCACAUGCAUAAUCCACCGGCACGCGUGCGUUCGAAUAUUGUCGCCUACAAGAAUUAUUUGCUAAAGCGUGCGUAUCGCGGGGAAACAUACUUUUGGGGUUUACUGCCGCAACCGGGCGAUUUGGUGCGCUUCAUAUUUGAUAAGCCAACACUACUACGACGGUAUCUCUUUCGUAGCGGCAAUAGUGAACAUCCAUCGGAUCGGUUCUACAACACUACCGUUGAAGUGUUACCUGCCGAUACUUUGAGCGAAAAUUCAUCCGUGUGGAGUGCGUACAAUACCACAACGGAUGAAUUUCUCAUAGUGGGUGCAUUCGAUGGUUUCGGUGUCGCAGAGGGCGCAAUCGAUGCAAGAAUUGGCGCCAUCAAAGAGAUACGUUUGCAUGUCCACGGCGACAGCGAGAAUUGGGCGCUUUUGAGUGAGAUCGAUUUGGAGACGAAUAGCGGUGUGGCCGGCGUUGGCGAUACGUCUUACACGAACAGCUGAUUGUUACAACAUCGGAGCUAUACCAUCGCGGGAAACAUACAAACGAAUCCGAGCUAAAAGGUGACAUUUCAAAGUAUCUCUUCUUAGAUAGGCUUAGUUAAACGAACUUCCACCAAGCGAAAUGGUAUGUAAGAAAACAUGAGAAACGAAACGAAAGGCAUGAAACCAAAAAUAUUGAUUACUACUGCACUGAUGGUGAAUACGAAAUUAAUUGAUGUAUGUAUAGCUACAGACAUAAAUGAUUGAAGGAAAAAAUGUUAUGUCCAAAUAGAGCAUAAAAUAUGCUAAUUAAUUAAUGCGUAAAAUAAUACAACAACGAUUGUAAUACUUGUUGGAAUACACAUAGUAUAUAUAACUAUGUAUGUCAUAUUCUCACUUAUUUUGCGUAACGUGUGACCUUAAUUUCGCUGUUGUUAAUAAUUAAUUUGAUAUUAAUUUACUUAGUUGCUAAGCCGUAACAAAUUCGUGAUAUUUAUAAACCCUAUAGAAAUUAGUUACUUCAUUUAUUUUUAACUUGAAAAUUUUUUCUCACUCUCUGAACUCGAAAUAUUUAUUUAAACUCUGCGAAUUGAUUAUUUUAAACUUAAUAUUAUAUAGUGAAUUUCGGUUCGUUUGCAUUUGCAGGAAUUGAAAUUAGCUCAAAGCCUUGAUUUCGAAAAUGAGAAUCUAUUUGAUGUGAAUUUGUUUAUUUCCAUGCCAAAAGAUCGAAUAUCGGAACUGUAGGGCUUGCUCGUCCCAUAGUUGAAAAAAGCGACAUACACCAAAAUAACCGAAUUCUUAAUUUUUUCGAAUAUUUUUUUAAACAAAAAAAAUAUAUUAUUUUGAUUGCUUCACACUUAUCACUUAUGAAAUUGCAAUAGCAUGUGCUAAGCUAUAUCAAAAAAAAAAAAAAAAAAUA